GUCCCCGCACAAGACUAGCCUAGGUCAGAGAGAAGACACUUUUUCAGGGGAGAGGAGUGACAAUAUAGGCUCGUAGGUUCUAUUAACUUUAAGACCCUGCAUAGGGAGUUCAGAAAUUAGACUUAUUUAAAGUUCAUCAGAACACAAAUACAAUAUAUUAACUAGAACAGGAGUUGUGUUUUUGUGUUGUUGUGUUAAUUGGAGACGUCUUGGGGCAGAAUGACCACCACCAUGGAGAAAUCUAAAAACUUUCGCAUUGAUGCGCUACUGGCGCACGACUUGGAACAGAGAACCGACAGCGACGGUGCGUCCCCAGGGUUGUAUUACAGCAGGAGCCCCGGCGGUAGUCCGGUGUCAAACCGCGGCUCAGAGACGCCCUCCCCUCAUCCAAACCCAACAAACUCCACAUCAGUCCAGCCAGGACUCCUGUCCAAAUCCCACCUCGUCAACUUGUCCCAAUCAGGAUUCACUACUCUGCACCAGGGGGGUCUUUUGGGAAUGCACCCGAGCUCCAUGUAUCCUCUUACAGCGCUCGGAGGCCAGCACCACGCCUUUAUGUACCCCGGCUUCACGCAGCUGAUGCAGCCAUACCCAGAGCAGCUAAAGGGGGCCACCAUGGCCGCGACGCUCCCGUUGGAGCACUGGAUCAGAGCCGGGAUGAUGAUACCCAGAGUGGGAGAGUAUGGAGCCCCAGCCCAGGCAGGUAUGUUGGGGAAGUGUCGAAGGCCCAGGACAGCUUUCACUAGCCAGCAGCUGCUGGAAUUAGAAAACCAGUUUAAACUCAACAAGUACUUGUCCAGGCCCAAACGCUUUGAGGUGGCUACUUCACUCAUGCUGACUGAAACUCAGGUUAAGAUCUGGUUCCAGAACAGACGUAUGAAGUGGAAGAGAAGUCGCAAAGCCAAGGAACAAGCAACGCCAACCUCUCCACUGACUGACACAGAAAGAACUGGGAUGGAUAUUCACAGCACCAAGCCUCAGAGUGAUUCACACAGCUCGAGCCUAGAGGAUGAAGAGGAGCUAGAAGGGGAGGUUGAGGAUGAGGAUGAAAAAGAGGAGAUAGAGGUGCUGAGGGCAGGUUCUUUAGGCUCAGUAGGCUUCAUGAGGCAUGCUGGAGAAGGAACAGGAAACUAUAGCUCUUACUCAGAAGAGGAGCUGGAGGAGGGAGGGCCAAGAACAGGAAGUGGGGUUUUCCCAUAGUCAUAAAGCUCAGCAUGCUUUUAUUGUAUGUCUUUAUAUGUUUAUUACUCUUCUUGAGAAGACAAUACACAAUGCAGUCAGGUGCACAAACAUGGUGGCAUGAAGAGCAUCAUUCAUUUUUCACAGCCCAACCCAUAGUGCCAUCUGGAGCUCCCGAAUUAGCAAAAGGAUAUACUGACAUAUGUGCAUAUUGCAAUACAUCUAAGUUAUGACUUCAGAACCUACAAAUAACUAAUGGGCAUUUUUGUGCAUGCUUUACAUGUGAUUGAAAGAAAGUGAUUGCCUAUGCUCCUGUGCUGCCAAUAUGCUCAUUUAUUUAUGGAUGUACAUAUACUUAAACUGUAUGAAUGGAUAAUAGCACUUUCAUGGACUAAGAGACAGAAAAAUGAACUUGAAGACUCAUGUUAUUGAGUGUUACAUUGUUAUCAGUGGGUCCUGAUCUGUUACAAAUACUGGACUGGACUGAAAUAUUCUAUUAAUAUUUGAAAAAUAUUUUUAAGAAGGCUUUACAAAAUAAUCCAUUCACAUUCAUCCAGUUAAACUUUUAGGGCAUUGGGUGUGGCAAAUUGCAGCUGUUGCUAUGGAAGUACUUUUUUUUUUCUUGACUAUAUAGUCAUGCAACUCUUUGUUUUGUAUUAACUUCUUGAAUCUGCAUGCUAUCUUUAGUUAAAUCCACACACACAGAAACACAGAAAUGAAUGGCUGCACGUACUGUAUUGUAUUUGAAACUGACUGUUAAUAUUUUGUAAACGUUUUGUCAUGUUAAGCUUUUAUGUUAUAAUAUAAUUUAACAUUAUAGAAUUUAAUAUAUUUCACGUGAA